AUGAUGGCUCCAAAAUCUUCCGGUGGAUUAGGUUUGGGAAGUCUAAGAGCUUUUAGUAUCGCCUUGAUCAGUCAAUUUCUUCGGGUGGAGAGAUGCACUAAACAUAAUUCCAUCAAAAAUCAGCGCUGGCUAGAAGGGGUGUGGGAGUUAUCUCCACAUUAUGGGCGAGGGGUGGAGAAGUUAGAGAAACGGGAGAUCACCUGGAAUGUUCUUUUGCAUGCGAGAUAUGGGAGAGAGUAUUUUGUUGGUGUCAAAUGGAUUAUGCUCAGCCACCGGCCGGAGACCUUCGAUAGUCACAACUCCAUCGUACCCAACCCCAGAUUUUAA